CGUUUUAACUCCGGUAGUUUCUGCUUUAGAUGAGCGUGUUCAUCACUGUUAGUUUGUGGUUCUGUCAUUUUAAGUAAAGUUUACAGCCUGUUGCUCCUGCAGUACGGAGGAAACGAAAUCAGAAUCUAACAAUAUGACAACAUCUCCACAGUACGAUAUUUAUCGUGAUAUCUUUUUUGAAAGUUGGAUAAUAAAGUGUAGAAACAGUCCGUGGUAUUCUCCGAACAAGCAGCUACAAAAACUGUAACGACUUGUUGACAGACAUUUUCUGAGUCUAAUCAGAUUUGUGUCUGAUGCAUUGAUUAGUCGACAUUCAGCGUCUGAAGCUCGGAGACGUCCAGUGUGUUUACAACCUGUUUUACAAACAGAUGCUGUCGUUGUCUGAAGAGUUGUUUCAUAUAAAACAAUACACAACAAUUUAUUCAUGUAACACAAACACAAACACACACAGGUGGUUGUACAUGCCUGAACAGUGAGAUCAUUUCUAUUAAUGUACACACACACACACACACACAGAGCGUCCUGGUGUGUGUGUGUGUGUGUGAGGGCAGAGAAAGCCAUCCAUCCAAUGAUUACUGUAAAUACAUUGGCCGCAGGGCGCACACACACACACACACACACACACACACACACACACACUCUCUCUCAGUCAGUGUGUAUUGUCAGAGUGAUAAAUCACAGCAGACUUUAAGUGAAUUAGUGCAGCAGCUUUAACUCUCCCUCCCUCCAUCCCUCUCUCUCUCUCUCUCUUUCUUUACCUUUAAAUGUCUCUCUAUCCUCUCUCUCUCUCUGUCUCUAUCAUUUCUAAUGUCUCUCUCUCUCCGCCUCCCCCUCUCUCCUCUCUCUCCUCGUCUCAGAGCUCUAUACAUCACAGUCCUUAACGAGGCCUCGUCCACUAACGAGCAAUCAGAGAAUAUUAGGCCAAUUAGAGGUUUAAUUAGAUUAGAGGAGGAGAGGAGGGAAGGAGGAAAGGAGAGGAAACAAAAGAGGAGAGGAAGAAGAAGAGGAAAAGAAGGAGGAAACAGGGAAGGACAGGAAAAAAGGAGGAAGGAGGAAAGGAGAGGAGAGGAUAGAAAGAAGAAGAGAGGAGGAGAGAGGGGAAGAAAGGAAAGGAGAAGAGGAAUCAAGAGAGGAGAGGAAAGGAGAGAAGGAAACAUGAAGAGGGAGAGGGAAGGGAGGAGGGAGGAGAGAGGUGUUUGAUUGACAGCUGGUGCAUCAUGGUCCGUUGUCAUGGUUUCAUCUGCUCUGCCGUGUGUCCGUCAUCAUGUAUCUGCAUGUUAGGCCACGCCCCCUUUAAUCAACUUUAAAUCUCCCCCCUCCCUCCCCCCUCCCUCCCCCUCCUCAAUGAACUCCCUACCUCGCUCUCCCAACUCUCCUCUCUUACUCUUAAUAAUUUUCUCUCUGCUUCUCUCCCCCCUUUUCCUCCCCCCCACCUCCCUCACAGCGAGCCCCCACGCUCCCCCCUCCAGCCUCCACUUCUCCUCCUCCCCCAUCCUGCAGCAGCCCGGCUCCUACUUCUCCCACCCGGCCAUCAGGUAUCACCCGCAGGAGACGCUCAAGGAGUUCGUCCAACUGGUCUGUCCUGACUCCGCCCAGCAGGCCGGACAGGUGGGCUUCCUCAACCCUAAUGGUAGCUCCCAGGGAAAGGUCCACAACCCUUUCCUGCCGACGCCCAUGCUGCCUCCCCCUCCGCCUCCCCCGAUGGCCCGUCCCGUCCCGCUGCCCGUCGACGCCAAGCCACCCUCCACCUCCUCCACCGAGGGGGGAGGCAACUCACCCACCUCACCCACCUACUCCACCCCCACCACAUCUCCAGCCCAGCGGUUCGUCAGCGUCGGACCCAGAGACCCCGGCUUUAACAUCCCUCAGCAACCACAGGUGACACACACUCAGACCUGAGUCCACAUGGAUGUAGACCUCUUCUAAUAUGUCCUGGAUCUGCUCCUAGUUGACUUUUGUUAACGUUAGCUAGCUAACAUUAGCACCCACUGGUAGCAGCAGGUCAGCUGGGUGUUUCUUGCUGUCAUGUUUCACACAAAGAUGUAACGUUAGCUAGGUUAGCUGGCUCAUUCCUCUUCUGUUCUCCGUCACAAGCAGGAGAAUGACACUGAAUAGUUUUAGUUGUAAUGUUUUACACAGAUCUUUUUAAAAUGGCGGUUGUUGGUGCUGCAUUUACUCGGGUUCUUUACAGUGCAGACAAACACAGACUUUUGUGUGUCCAGUUUGUGUUUGUCCUCUUCCAGUUUCAGCAUGACAGUUGUGUAUUUGUAUUUCUGAAGCACCAGAGAUCGUCCAUCGUUUAGUUUAACCAGUCAGCUAACUGCUAACAGAGCCUGAAGCAUCACCGUUUCCACGGUUACCAGCAGGUUAAAGUGUCGACCAGAAACAUGCCUGACAGCCAAUCAGAGAGCAGGAUGUGAAACACUUCACAGCACUUCAGUUUACAAUAGAGCAGGUGGUCAGUGAAUGCAACAUCCACGUUUAACA